UUCUGUGACCCUGGUCAUAUUCCGGAAAGCCAAAGUGCCCCUUGCAGUGCAGAUUUACUAAAUGCCUGGAUAGCAACCAUGAGUGGCAACUAUGCAGGAACUUUUGUAAAGAAUUAUGUUCACAGUCUGCGUGCAUGGCACAUGAUGGAUAAUUGA